UAAAGCAAAUUAGACAAUUGAUUGCCAGUGCUGACACAUGCUCUUGGACACUUUUCAUAUGCGAGAGAACAGAAAACAAUCAUAAAAAAAUAUUCAAUUGAUAUCAAUAAAACGCGAACGUCACGUCACGUCACGUCACAUCGAAUUCGUAAUCGAAUUUCACAUCAAAACUCAUACGAAAUGCGCGCCGUCUACGACUUGUUGCUGAGCAACGCAUUCGAUCCCAGUAUGGUGCUACAGAACCACAACAUCGUCGUGGCUCGCUCCACUUUGACUCCGAACAACAGCAGCCAGAACUUUGUCUCCCACUCCAUCCAGGGCGGGCAGUCGGGUGGCGGUGGCGGACGCUAUGCAGUGAAUGCCGGGCCAAGCAAUCAGCGGCCCAUUGUGGAUCUGCUGGUGGCCAUGGUGGCUGUGCCGGUGCUCAUACUGUGUGCCCUGCAGCUGGAGAAGAAUCUGCACGACAUGCACAACAGUCCCGAGUCGCGUUGGCUGGUCUUCGCCCUGGGCAUCGGGAUGCUGGUCAUCAGCGUGAUCAUCUGCGGCUAUGUGACACAUCGCAUGGGCGUCUGCAUCUGGGCCGGGCCCAUCGACGAGGCCGGCAAUCGCGCCGGCUCUGGUGCACUGCAUCACAUCAACUCGCAGAAUGAUGUGCUACGCAUCGUGGACUCGCUGCCGCCGAGCUAUGAGAGCGUGCUCAAGUGCGAGCUGCCGCCGCCGCCCUACGACUGCGUUAUGAUCGAUGUCGACCCGUACAAGGACAUGCAGCCGCAGACAUCCAGCAAGGAUACACGCGCCUCUCAGGCAUCCGGCUCCGGCUCUGGCUCCGGCUGCGGCUCCGGUUCCAUUUCCGUUUCCGUUGCCGUCAACAUGCCAAACACCACACUGCACAUCUAGAUCUGGGAGGAAUGGAGGCAGCGGCGACGGCGACGGAGGAGAGAGAAACAAAGAGAUUUUUCGCUUGUGGCAUUGAAUUUGACCAGAAAUGGGACUCGUACUUCACCUUUCUACUGCAUUGGCGCCCCCUAUCGGCCGCCUCUGGCUAUGGGCUAAUCGCAUGGCGUUGUAUUUACUACAGUCUAAGAUCUUAGAGUAUUGUUAUCCGUAGCGCAUUCUCUGCACAGCUAUAUCCAAAUGUAUAUAUCUGUGCAUGUAGGUACUAUAUAUAUAGGUGCUAUAUAUAUCUAUUUUUUUUUUUACAUUUUUUUUAUGUUUUUAGUUUGCUUGGUCUGCGUGCAGCACUGUAAAUAUUCCUAAACAGCAUCUAGUCCAAAGUUGUAUAUAAUAUAGACGAAAAAAAAAAAAAA